AAUGCAACGGACAAUACUCUGUUGACAAACCCGACGAUGGAAUUCAACUGUGGUACCCGUACAUGUUUACAAGCUACUCGUUGCCAUAUUUUCCAUCCAAUUAUUCAUGUGAAUAUGAGAUCAAUGUGCCUCAAAACUGGUACGCUGUGGUUCAUUUAUCCGUUCGAUGCCCGACUUUUGUAAUGAACCCGCUUCCAGUUCAGGUAACCGGGGCUCUGCUAGGAGUUGUGGAAGUUUUUUCGUCGGAUGAUGAAGUUUUCUUUUUUGAUUCCACUGGUGGAAAGAUCAACCUUGUCGCAGAUAAUGGAUUGGUUCAAUUCGGUUUUGUUGUUAAGUGGGUUCAGUG